AGGAAAAUGAGUUGCGAGGAAUUGUUUCAUGGGAGUGAUAGAAUAUUCUUGUUUACGUGUAUCUUCUUUGUGGCAGAUACACAAAUUGUUAUGAACAAUUUUUUUACUAAUAACAAUGGUGUCGGAGUCUGCUUACAAGCGCCUCGAUUAUCCUACUAUGUAUUCACCACCUCACACCAGGACACUGCCCACCAAGGCUUAGGCGGAUGGGAAGAUUUCACCUAGAGUGUUUUGUUUUUGCUGAGGUAUGAGCAACUUUAGAAACUACUUCAAUGUUGAGUUCUAAUUUCAUGUCCAAUAGUUAAUUUUUUUUUUGAUAUCUUUGCUUGCCCUUUGUGAUCAUUGGAAGGUGAGGAAAUGCCAUACUCAUGAUUCAUGACAAGCUAAUUAGUUUCCUCUUGUUUCACCUUUUUAAAUUGUAAGGAAUAGAAUUAGUGUAGAAAAGCCAAAAAGAAUCUUGAGCUUGUUAUUCAUUUAAAAAAAAAAAAAAAGAAUCUUGAGAUUGUUAUUCUGUUGCGUUUUGCAAAUAUCCAGUAGAUUUGUGACCUUUGAUUGCUAAUUUACUGAUGUCAUGCUGAUUAGAAAAUGAAUAUCUAGGAUCUUUUUGGUGGGGGACAGAAAAAAUUAGAUUAUGCAACUGUUAGGCCAAUAUUGUAUUGCUGUAAUUAAAGUUAAAGCAUGUUAUUUUUGAAGGAAAACCAUAAUAUCAGACAACAUUGUGUUCAAUUCUAAGUGGACACUUAGAUGAGACAAUAGACAUACAAAAUUCGAAAAUUAGUGCAAAAGGUUGGGUCUAAUGGCAGAAACCUUAUGCGAGAAGAUUGAUAUCGACUUUAUAGUUCAAUCGCAGCAUGAUAGAAAGAGGAGAAACAAAUCACUUCACAAAUCAUAAAACUAACUCAAUACUAUUUUGCCACUAUCACCUUUACUAUUUCCUGUUCUCAUAUUCUGAAAUUUCAUCAACAAAUUUGUCACUAUGAACUGUUCCGGUAGAUCAUAUUGACAGGUGAAGCAGUUGCACCUGUACUUAAAAAGAUACAAGGUUGGGAGUGCCUACAGAACAUCUAACACAUUAUUUCUUGUUUUAUAUGUACUCUAACAAAGAUAUCUCAACCCUAAACAAGUUGGGGUCGGCUAUAUGGAUCCUCACUGACCAUGUGUUUGAAUUUCAGCUCAAGUCGUGUCACCAUCAUACCAAAUAAAAAUAGAAGUAACAAUAAGAAUAUUAAAAGUUAUUUAUAUGGUUACCUACAUAAAUCUAUGAUAAGUUUAAAAUAUUCCGAGAAAAACAAUAGUUUCAAGAUCAACGUUGUAACAAGAUUUAAACCUAUUCCCAACUAGUAUAUAUCACUUAUAUGGAUCUUUUUCUUCCAUUGUGCCGGGGUCUUUCAAGAUGACUUCUUUUCAUGUGAUUUUGAGUCUACCUCGUCCCCUUUUAACACCUUCACUCACAAUAGUUUCACACCUAUAGAGCGGUGCAUAACUGCCUUUAUAAGUCAACGUAGUACAUGACUAAACAAUCUCACCGACCUUCUCUCAUUUUAUCCUCAAUGCAUGUUACUUGCACGUUCCAACAACUAUGGUCUUUUUUAAUCUUAUCUAUUCUUGUGUGACCGCAUGUCCAUUUUAGCAUCUGCAUCUCUGCAUCACUCGUCUUGUGGAUAUGUUGGACUUUAGCGACCCAACAUUCAUUAUUAUAUAACAUUGUCGGUCUUAUAACUAUUCUGUAAAACUUGCCCACUUUCGUAGACAUCCUUCUAUCACAUAACACCACGAUAGCUCUUCUCCAAGCAAGUUGAGGUCAGCUAUAUGUAUAAAUCCUUACUGACCAUGUUACUUCAUUUAAGCUUAUCAUAUAUCUUGCCAGAUACCACAGCCAAUUGCCGCUAAAACUCAUUAUGGGAGCAUGUUUCCUGUUGUUUGGUCUAUUUACCAAAUACCACCAAUCUGGCUUCUUUAUUAGAAGGCUAAUUCUUGCAAGAAAAAGUAUGAGGCAAAGUGAAGUUUAAUAAUGAACAUUUUGGUUUUGUAUGUUCUUGCAUGAGGCUUUCUGUUAUGCAUCUAAGCAGAAAACGUGAAUAAGCAACUUUUAGCAGUCUCUGUUUUCAAAUAUGGAUGAAAUGGUUUUUUUCAACACUCCAACAUGUCUUAGCACUCGAUGCGUUAUAUUUCUGCGGGAGAAGCUACUGUAAGUUUAGCUCCCUUGUGCCUAGUGGUUAUUGAUUCAUUAUAUUAUUUUCGCUAAGUGUUCAUUACACUUGUUUAUAUAGUAUUUUGUGUCUUGUUGUGAGUCGGAAAUUUGCAUAUUCUGGUAAUUUUCAUUUUCUUUUGCAGAAAGUAAAGAGAUUCUCGCUUGCUGAACAGAGCAUUGGGAAACCAGAAGGGACCAAUGAGAAAAGAAGUUAAUCCCCGUGAAUUCCUAAAGAGGAGUUGGCCAGAUACGGGUCGAAGCGCUGCCUCGAAACCGCUCUACUCCACCCGAUUUUUAGAACCUCGUUCAAGGAUUUGAUCAAUCAUGGCGUCGAAGCGGAUUCAAAACGAGCUCAAGGAUCUCCAUAAAGAUCCUCCUACCUUUUGUAGCGCUGGCCCAGUUGCUGAAGAUAUGUUUCAUUGGCGAGCAACAAUUAUAGGUCCACCUGACAGUGCUUAUGCUGGUGGAGUGUUUCAUCUUACUGUUGAUUUUCCAGCUAACUAUCCAUUUAAGCCACCAAAGCUAACUUUCAAGACACAGGUUUUCCACCCAAACAUCAACAGCAAUGGUAACAUUUGCCUAGACAUUUUGAUGAAUCAGUGGAGCCCUGCACUUACAAUCUCCAAGGUAUUGCUCUCUAUCUGUUCUCUGCUAACAGACCCUAAUCCUGAUCACCCUUUGGUGCCGGAGAUUGCUUAUAUGUACAUGACUGAUAGAAGCCAGUAUGAGACACUUGCCCGAGUUUGGACUCAAAAAUAUGCCAUGGAUUAGUUGCUGGUGACCAUUCUGGAGGGGCUCCUUUGCUUUUGUGAUAUUUUGUAUUAUGUACUAUGUAUUAAGAAAUUGUGUUCGUAACUUCUUAUGCAUGGGGAAAGGUCGAACAGAUCCUUAUUGGAACAAUUUGAUUUGCUCCUUGUUUGUGGGAAUCUAAUGGUGUUGAAAACUCUAUGUUGGGUUCAAAGUAUGCAUUUUGACCCUUUUCA